CCUUUGGUCGAGGCAGCUUGGUCCAGGUGCUCAACUCAUUUUUAUUUUAUUUAUUUUAUUUUAUUUUAUUUUGUUUUUCUUUUCGUCUAAUACACAAGAACGUUGACGCUCUUGUUUGUUUUUCACAAAGUUUUCCCGCCCCUUCAUCUGUCUUUUCGGUUUUUUUUCCCCUUGCUAUCUCCUUUCAUUGGCCGGUCCUCCCAAAAGACGAGCGUUCCGUCCGUCCGUUCCUUUGACGCUGAAUUUCUCUUCUUUCCGUCCCGGCGACAACGACGAUAAUCGAUAUAAGAAAAAAGGCGACACUGCAUUGCUGGGCAUUGUUCUGGAUCUUUUGAUUUUCUGAUACUAUAACUCGCCCCAACAAGUCUAUGUUCCUCCUUCGAUUUCCAGGAAUAUGAUUUAAAGGGGUACAAGAUCAACUUUGUCCUUUUUUUCGCAGCUGAGAGCCGAAGAUUUAUUUCCUCGUCUCGUCGUGUCGUCCGAAAACUCGGACCCGCCUAUGCUACGUACCUUACCUAUCCCAAAAAAAACCCCCCGAAUAUUAGACGACCAUGAUACUAUUAAAAAAGGCGGCAGCAGCAUGCUUGCUUCUGCAGCAGCUGCCUGGGGCUGUUUCAUUAAAUGUCAACUUUAAUGAUCCAAAUUCAGUCAAAUCUGCAGCCAGCACAGUUGCCUUUGGUAUGAUGAAGUAUUACACUGGAAACAACACUGGAGACACACCGGGGAACUUGCCAGAUCCCUACUUUUGGUGGGAGGCUGGUGCCAUGUUUGGCACAAUGGUAGAUUAUUGGUUGCUCACCGGAGACGCUACUUACAACCCGGUGACGACACAGGCGCUACUACACCAAGUAGGAGACAACAAGGACUACAUGCCAGUGAACCAGACGAGGACUUUGGGAAACGACGACCAGGGUUUUUGGGCGUUGGCUGCAAUGUCCGCAGCCGAGAGCAGAUACCCAGACCCCCCGCCCGGGCAACCACAAUGGCUAGCCCUCGCGCAGGCUGUCUUCAACGAAUAUACUGCUCGUUGGGAUAUGAAGACCUGCGGUGGAGGCCUUCGCUGGCAGAUAUUUCAGUUCAACAACGGGUUCAACUACAAGAACUCCAUCUCUAACGGAGCCUUCUUCAACCUGGCGGCCCGCCUUGCCCGUUUCACGGGCAACCAGACGUAUGCGGAAUGGGCGAACAAGAUAUGGGAUUGGGAGCGGAGCACGAAUCUCAUGACGGAAAAGUUCGAAAUUUAUGACGGCGCCGUCGCAGACGGCGGCCAAGACUGCAAAAAGCCCGACAUGGUGCAGUGGACCUACAACGCGGGCAUCUUCAUGCACGGCGCGGCGUUCAUGUACAACUUGACCGAGUCGCCAAAGUGGAAGGAGAGGGUGAGCGGGCUGCUUGACCGGACCAUGAUCAGCUUCGUCCAAAAUCAGGUUCUGGUCGAGCCUGGGUGCGAGUUCGUGGGCACGUGCAACAACGACCAGCGCAGUUUCAAGGGGUACCUGACGAGGUGGCUGGGCGGCACGUCGCAGCUGGCGCCCUUCACCUUCAACACGAUCCAGCCGAUCCUGCGGAACAACGCCGAGGCCGCGGCGGUGGCGUGCUCGGGCAGCCCGGCGGCGGGCUUCUCGGGCAAGCCGGGAACAGCCUGCGGGUUCCGGUACAAGGCGGGCAAAGACUUUGACGGCAUGGUGGGCGUGGGCGAGCAGAUGAACGCCCUCAACGCGCUCAUGUACACGCUCAUCAGAAACAACACGAAGGAGGUGGUGCCCGUCACGUCGGACACGGGUGGAACCUCAAAGGGCGACCCCACCGCCGGCAUCAUCAAGGCCCCCGAAAUUGGAGUCUUCCAGCCCAUCACGACGGCUGGUCGGGUGGCGGCUGGCUUCUUGACAACAGGCACCAUCCUCAGCUUGGUCGGUGCGUGCAUCUUUGUGGUAACAUGAGAAAUGAAAACCAUGGCAAAGACGCCGUCUUUCUUUCGUCAUGUUUUCUUCUCUCUUUUUCCUUUUCUCUUGUGUGUCCACUACAUUGGGUCUCUAUCGCGCACACACACAAACACACACACUUUUUUUUCUUUCUUUAUUGGAUACCCAACAUGGCGUUCAGACGGACGAAAGCCACGUUAAAAAUAUUUCCCUUGGGGUUUGACAGGCUCUCAGACAACACUUGUGUUUGAGGGCUCUGUAAUGAUAGGCGGGCAAAGUGGCUGCUUUCGAUUUCGAAAAAAAGGCAUCCAUGGGUUUGCAUAAUAUGUAUCGGCGUUGGGGCUUUUCUUUUUAAGCAACCAGCUCUGGGAGUUGAGAUGCAUUGUUGGGUAGGGUAAAGGUAUAAAGAUAGAUACCUUGAUUCAUGUACAGAUAUUUGUUAAAAAAACAUAUAUGCAAGAAUGCCUUAGUCCAUGUCAUAAUGCUCAUGCUGAUGCUCAUGCGAUGCACAUGCG